UCGGCGCCUGACCUCGGAAUGAAAAUUGUAAAAUAUAAAAAUCUGCCGUGUGAAUGACUCUUGACGAUGAGCUAAACACACUGACCUUAACAACUUAAAUAUGUUCAGAAGGGGAACAGGUGACCGUUGGCAUUCGAUUUUCUAACCAUCCCGACAAAAUACAGGGUAUUAUGAGCUGCCGAAGGGAUAAUAACCAAGAGCCCAGCAGCUUUGCUCGGCUACAUCAAAAGCUGGAUAAAAUCGAAAAAGACCUGCAAGAUGCCGCUACAAACGUGUCUCGGUCAGAUCCAAGAGACGGAGAUAUGUCUAUAGAAACAAUGCUCAUGGAGAAGAACGUCCGCGCGCAUGACAUACUCUAAAACAGACGGUAUGCUCCAGCGAAGCAUGGAGGAGCGGCUUGACGUGAUGCAAUCCGAGCUGGAGAGGCUGGAGAGCUACGGCGGUGACUGCCGCUCGGAGAGGAGCCGUGACGUCACGCGCACCUCGUCACCUGGCGAGCUGGCCAAGCCACGCACCGUCCGGGCGCGCGCCACUAAGCGCAGUCGGCCGCCACCCACCCGUCGAUGGUCGUCCGACAGGACAUGUCGCUGCCGCUGCAACACCUUCUUCUCCGACACCAGGAACAGCCCAGCUGCUGAUUCAGACCGUCAGCUUCAGCAAGUUCAGCAAGAUUUGGCAGAGGCCACCGGCCAAAAACAGACCAUGCAAGAGCGAAUUUACGAACUAGAGGAGGCUCAAAAGCAAGACGAAACUGAUCAAGAGGAGAUCCGGAAUCAACUGGAGGAGGAGCGGGACCGAACACAGCAGAUGGAGCAGGAUAACAUGGAUUUGAAGGAGCAGAUCCAGCGGCUGGAGAUGGACCUUUCUAACCUGCCGGUCGGCGACUGCGGAUCCAUGCGCGAGGCGUCCGUGCAGAUUACGCAGCUGCUGCAGACGCUGAACGAAGACAUGGUGAAGGCCCCCGAGCUCUGCACCCGCCUCCGGAUGGCCGCGCAGCAGAUCAUCGACGUGGAGAAGCGGUGCGCCAAUGAGCGCGGAGCCCGCUCCAUGGACCAGCAGGAGGUGCAGUUUCUGCGCAGCGAGAACCAGCGGCUGCGGGAGGUGGCGUUCCGGGCCAACAUGAGCGCGUUCCAGGCCACCGUCCAGGUGCCGCAGGGCCAGAUGACGCCGUACGGCAUGCAGGGAAUGGCAGGGCCUCAGGGCUACGCCGACCCUAUGGGCAACCCGUACGGAAACAUGGGCAUGCAGGGUCAGGGCAUGCAGGGCGCGCCGGGCAUGGGCGGGCCGCAGGUGCGCCGGAAGAGCAUGUUCCAGCGCGUGUUCCGCAAAAACUCCCCCGAGGACAUGGGUCCGGCGACCCUGCAAUACCAGGACGGCAGCCGUGCACAGUUCGACCCGAUGAUGUCGCUGCAGCAGCAGCGGCUGUCGGUGGCGUUGCAGGAGAAUCCGGAUGAGGCGGCCAAGCGACUGCAGAUGUUGAACCAGGACAAGCGGAAGGGCUGCUGUCCACGCUGAAGCCCGGGUCGGGACGCCGCGCCGGACCGAAGAGCGGGCCGGCUCGUCCGGGUGGACGGGGGAGGCUCGCAGACCCCUGCCGAUCCAGUGAGAGGGGACGGGCAGGCGAGUUGAUGACGGGAGGUUAAGGAUGCGCUCGGCGGACCCGCGGAACGGGCUGGCGUGAGGCUGGACGCUCACUCGCAUGCUGCUGCAUCAGUCCAUUGGCCAUUACUGCCUUGCAUUUGCAAAUUCAUCGUGCCGGUUGACUGAGUUGUCGUUGGCAGCAACCAACUGUCAUGAAGGUGCGAAAUUGCAAAGUUUUAUGAACACAGCUUUCGCGAUCAACUCUUGAUGUCUAUUGUUAAAUGCGGAUAUUAAUAAAAACACACGCACGCGA